AUGCAUUUCAUCUAUUACUUCUGCUUCUUCUUCCAAUUGAUCAAUAUUCAAACCACUGCAGCGCAAACGGACCAAACAGAACCGUUGGAUUUAUCAAUAUCAAAAGUGAAGGAGAAAGGAGAUGGAUCACAAGGCUUAUCAAUGGAGGCAGUGAGUGAUGAAGGAAUUAAACCGCUGUUACGGCUCGUUCCAAUCGAAUCACUGAUGGAAGAGAUCGAACUAUCAAAGCAAAAAGAGAGGAGAAAGAAGCAACGUUGUGAUAUAUGUCGAAAGGAAGCAGCGCAAACGGACCAAACAGAACCGUUGGAUUUAUCAAUAUCAAAAGUGAAGGAGAAAGGAGAUGGAUCACAAGGCUUAUCAAUGGAGGCAGUGAGUGAUGAAGGAAUUAAACCGCUGUUACGGCUCGUUCCAAUCGAAUCACUGAUGGAAGAGAUCGAACUAUCAAAGCAAAAAGAGAGGAGAAAGAAGCAACGUUGUGAUAUAUGUCGAAAGGAAGUAACAUACAUGAAAACACAUAUGAUGACUCAUACUGGAGAGAAGCCGUACAGUUGUCCGAUAUGUAAAAAGAAUUUUACUCAGUCCCAAAGUAUGAAAGCACACAUGAUGAUUCAUACCGGUCAAAAGCCGUACAGUUGUUCAAUAUGCAAAAAGAAUUUUAGUCUCCCUGCGCAUAUGAAAGGACAUAUGAUAACUCAUACCGGUGAAAAGCCGUACAGUUGUCCGACUUGCAAAAAAUUUUUCAAUAAUUUCUCGAAUAUGAAAAAGCAUAUGAUGACUCAUACUGGAGAGAAGCCGUACAGUUGUCCGAUAUGCAAAAAGAAUUUCAGUCGCUCUUCGCAUGUGAAAGGACAUAUGAUAACUCAUACUGGAGAGAAGUCGUACAGUUGUCCGAUAUGCAAAAAGAAUUUCAGUCGCUCUUCGCAUGUGAAAGGUCAUAUGAUAACUCAUACCGGUGAGAAGCCUCACAGUUGUCCAGCAGCGCAAACGGACCAAACAGAACCGUUGGAUUUAUCAAUAUCAAAAGUGAGAGAUGACGGACAUGGAUCACAAGGCUUAUCAAUGGGCGGAGAGGAUGAGGAAAGGAUUGGUUUGCAAGUGCUUCAAACAAAAACUCUGGAUUUAUCGGCUCCAAAACUGAAAAAGGAAGGGAAUAAAUCGCAAGGCUUAUCAGUGGAUGGAGUGAGUGAUGAAGGAAUUAAACCGCUGUUACGGCUCGUUCCAAUCGAAACACUGAUGGAAGAGAUCGAACUAUCAAAGCAAAAAGAGAGGAGAAAGAAGCAACGUUGUGAUAUAUGUGGAAAGGAAGUAACAUACAUGAAAACACAUAUGAUGACUCAUACUGGAGAGAAGCCGUACAGUUGUCCGAUAUGCUACAAAAAUUUCGCUUACUUGCAUAAUAUGAAAAAGCAUAUGAUUACCCAUACCGGUGAGAAGCCGUACAGUUGUCGGAUAUGCAAAAAGAAUUUCAAUGAUCCCAGUAAUAUGAAAACACAUAUGAUGAUUCAUACCGGUGAGAAGCCUCACAGUUGUCCAGUAUGCGGGAAAGGUUACGUACGAAAGAGCGAUUUGCACAUUCACACGGCAGUUCAUGGCAUGAAUAGUAGACCAGUCUACCACUGCACUAUGUGCAGUAAAGACCUUCAGAGUAAACUAGGCUUGAAAUUACACAUGAAGAAACAUUAA